GAGGGGUGCUGUAGGAAAGCCAAUGAUGCAGGCUCAAGAACAAGGAUUUGACCUGGAGUUCACACUAGCGGGUGCUAGCAUUUAGGUCACAGCCCAGUGACACCAGCUUGCCAAAAAGGGACUAAUGCAGACAGGAGCUUCCUGUUAUGAAUCCUGUCUGGUGAAGAACAAGUCUUCUCACCUAGCUGGUGUGGCUGCUCUGCCAUGUGAGCCUGUCGAUGUCAAUCACAACUGAGUGCUGAUUGGCAGCUUGGAGUCUCCUUGUUGCCUCCGUGCUCACAUCUGCUUGGGGUUUUACUUGCAUGCCGGUUCCUGCGUUUUGCAUUAAACCUACACGCUGCUGAGUGUUGCACCACAAGCAGCUCAAUGAAGGCUCUUCGCUUACCACCUUAUUCUUCCUGCAACACCCAGCUGUGUGAUGACUGUAUGUACCAGCAACAUUCACAGUGCUUUCGAGACUUCAGUCGAUCUCAAAGAGGCUACCAGACCUACCGGGGCGUGCCAUGGGACCUUCAAAGAGUUCACCAGUUGGCCACCAAACCAAAAUUUUUCAAGCCCUGGAAGAGCGCUUUAAUCGCCGUGGCUGUAGCAAUGGCAUUGGCAAUCACCAUCGGCCUCCUGGUGUAUUUUUUGGACUAUGAUCAGAAGCUAUUCUAUUACAAUGGCAACUUUAAAGUCACCAGUGUCCAGUACAGCAAUGGCCUGGCCAGACAAUCCUCAGGAGAGUUUAGAGACCACAGCAGAAGGAUCGAGACAGUGAUAGACAAGACAUUUCAGAAUUCCAUUCUAAGAAAAAAAUAUAUCCGGUCACGUGUUAUCAGACUGAGCCCUGACACUGGUGGAGUGGUGGCACAGGUUGUGCUCACAUUCCUUUUCUCCGCCACUGAUAACAAAGCAGCAUUACUGGGAAAAGUCAAUAGUGUCCUACAGAAGAAACUGAAUAAAUAUUCUGGGCCUGUGCGAAUAGAUCUUGCAUCUUCUACCAUCUCAGGAGAGCUCUCUCCCAUCGGCAUAGAGUGGCUACACAAGCGAUCUUACAGUGGCGCAGCUGCAUCAGUUCAGCUGUGUUGCUGUAAGUUCACUCGUGUAGACCUGGCCCCAGGCUAGCACUCUCACUACUGGCCCAUCCUUCCUCCCUACUGAUCUGCUUAGAAGAAAACAAGAGAUGGGACUGAUUUCUGAAGCAUUGGUGAGAGAUUGUUGAGCCUCAAGAUGUGUCUGGAUGGAACUAGAGUACAAAAGCAGUGCACCUGCAGAAAGAAACAACCAGACACCAUUCAACGUGUAUGCAAAAGCUGGCUGGAAGAUACAUUAAUAGACUGAAUAAUAUUUAACUGUAUGAUGGGGUGAACUCACACCGCACUGGACGGGGAAGGGUUAACUCCUCACUGUGGGCAGAGGACACCACACCCCCACAUCCCUACAGGGCAUGCUCCCGCUGUAGCAGCCGUAUAAGAGGGAGCAGCCUGGCUGGGCUGACUGCCGGAAGCUCCUUGCUGGCUCCUGUCCAGGAACCACUGGAGCCCUGGACUACAGAAGCCAGAGGUGCUGAGACCCACACAGAUGCCCAGCUACCUAUGGACCCCCCAGGGAGGUCAGAACUACAAGGAGUUGCACCGGUCAAAGAACCAUUGUCCUGAGUGUUGCGGAUGGAUCCCCGCUGACCCAGUGGUGGACACGCUCGCCACUGCCAGGGCCCUGGACUGGGACUCAGUGGAGCAGGGAUGGCCCAGAUCCCCCUACUUGGCCACCAAGCCCCUGCAACUUUAGUGACUCCGGCCGUGGGGCCGUACAACCCCGCCCAGAGGGCGACUUUAUUGACUCUGGCCGCUAGGCCAUAUAGCUGCGCCCAGAAGGUGGCUCCGGCUGUUAGGCUAUACAGUCCUGCCCAGAGGGCAAUUUUAUUGACUGUAGCCAGUAGGCCAUGCAGCCAUGCCCGGAGGGGUAUCUUCGUCAACUCUGGCCACUAGACCUGGCUGCUGGUGAACCCAGAGUAUCAUUAAUGACUCUGGCUACUAGGCCUUACUGCCCUGUAGACCCAGGGUAUCUCUGUUGACUUUGGCCAUUUGGGCCUUAUUUCCUUGCAAACCCCAAGAUACCUCUAUGGACUCUGGCAGCUGGGCCUUACUGCCUUGCAAACCCCAAGAUACCUCUAUGGACUCUGGCAGCUAGGCCUUACUGCCCAGCAGAGAAGGGCUGCCCCCCACCCCCAGAUGUGGGUCACGUGACCCUAUUGCCCUUUGGAGCAAGACGAUUCCAGCCAUUGGGCCUUAAAACCCUAUGGAUCAAAGCAUCUCUAUGGACUCCUGCCCUUAGGUCUCACGUCCUGGAGACAGAGGGCAGCUUGAAGGACAGGGUGAACUCACCCCAUGCUGGAUGGGGUCUCCCCAUCCCAUCACAAACUGUUAUUAAAGACUGCAAGCUCUGGUCCCCUUGAGGCAAGGCUUAAUGUUGCAAGGUAUAGUUUGUGGUCCCCUUUUUGAGGAGUUUAUUGUGGAAAUGGUUGGAAAUCAGAGGUGUCCUGUUUGUUAGAAGGGGUAAUGUAUAGUGGGCCAGACCUUCCCCUACCCCCCCUGCAUAGAGGCUGUGUUGUACAGAGGAUCUAAGAAGUAUUGUAGAGCAGGAAUCUUUCCACCUAAGCCAGUGGCUUGGCAUGGACUGGCUGUGCAGUUACAACAUCACAUGCUGCAUUCUUCAUGACCUGUUUUCCCUGUGCAGCAAAACCACUGUACUCCUGCUAAAUGUAUGACAUUUGCUUCCCUGCUUCUGCAGGCAUGGCUAGACCCUGAGCUUGUUCUUCAGAAACACUCUUUCUCCUCACACUAUAGUGACAGAUUGGGCUUGGACUCGACUUUUCCUAUGCAACACAAAGGUGAAUAAAUCUCUAGAUGAAGCCUGCACGUUUGUCUAACUUUUUGUCUUUCUAUUUUUAACUGAUCACAAAAGGCAAAGAUGAAGCUUUAUUUCAUUGUGUGUCUGGGGCUUGCUCAGCAUGACCAGACCCCAGUAGUGGUGAUCAAUUGUCUAUUGCCUAGUGACAGGAGAAAUUCUAAAGGGCAAGAGGGUUGGCUCAGUUAAGCACCUACAACACUGGAUUGCUUAUCACACCCUUUUAGAACUGUCCAAACGGUUUAAGGCCCUAAUCCUGCAAUGAGACUACUCAUAUACUUAAAGUUACCCAAGCGCUAUAAAAGUUUGCAGGAUUGGGGUAUACGCCUGUAAAACUGCAUAGUCUGUCAUGAGAUUUCCAGUACUCUUUAUUGUCCA